AUGAAGAUCAACAUCCUGGGGGGUCCGGCUCUGUUGGUUACUUUUGUCACUUUCUCUGAUUUGCCUCUUCGUUCGCUUUCCGUUCGCUUGGGUCUGUCUUUAUCUCCUGCGGCAUACGACUUUAAUCAGUCCUUGUCGCCUGCAGAUGACGGCGGGUGGGAGAUUAACGAAGAUGAAUCACUUACUGAAGGCCCGCCAAGCUUCUCUCAAAAUUCUCUAGCCGAGAUGAAAGCAACAGACUCUUUGAAAGGAGGGCCUUCGGUCUCCAGUGGAGCGUUAAAGGCUGUGGGUCUCCUCUCAGACGAUUCGGAAGAAGCAGAGGAACUCGGGGAGGGAGGUAUGUCGCAACUGGAGGAAAAUACAAAAAAAAUAUCAGAUAUGAGCGAAUAUAGGAACGGUCAAACAACACUGGAAAAAAGUGACGGCAGUUUCUUGCAGCUCGACAAGCUUCGCAGCUGGUGGAAGCAAAGGCGGGAAAGACGAGCUCGCAGGAAAGAACAACGAAGGCUGCAACGCGAAGAGGAAAAGAGACAAAGGAGAUUAAGACGACAGGCCGAAGGAGACCGAACGGAUUCAUAUUCAGAUACUGACUCCUAUACCUCAUCCGAAGGAAGUCUUUGGAGCGGCAGCGACAGGGAAGAUUUGUUGGGUGGUGGUUCAACAGAAGAAGAGAGCUUGGAAGGUAGCCCAUGA